GUGACAAACAGUAGGCACCACAGUAGGAGUUGGACUCUGACUUAGCUCUGGCUAGCCUCUCAUUCAGGAACAAAAGUCUUCAGGAUGCUUUACACUGAGUUACUGCAGUUGUGGGAUGAGUCGGUGCAGGCUGUCGAUGCCAAGGACUGGCAGGGAGCCCUGGCUAAACUGGAGCAGAUCACUGAACCCACGUCUCGUACUCUGUUCAAUGCUGCCUCAGUUCACCUGGCUCUGGGACAGCUGGACCCGGCCCUGAAGGCUUUAGACCUCACCAUUGCCAGGGAUGAACGUCUUGCUGUUGGCUUCUUCCAGAGAGCAGCAGUGAUGAUGCAGAUGGGCAGGCUGGAGGAGGCCCUGUCAGAUUGCAUCUGGGCACAGAAGCAUAUGAGAGGAAACCCAGUCAUUGACUACAAACAGCUGGGACUGCGAUUCAAACUCUACAGCUGGCAGGUGUUGUACAAUGCAGCAGCUGUGUACUGUCACAUGGGCCAGUGGGAGCAAGCUAAAGAGAUUCUGCUGUUAGCCUCUGAGGAGAGAGGAAGCGGUCGAGGAGGAAACAUAGAGGUGGCUUUGGAUAGCGUCCUGAGGAAGGAGGUCCUGGCUCCUCUUCUGGUGCCCGAGGGCAUGGUGUUUUGUCCCAGGAAACGGGAUGUGGAGCAGCUGCAGGAAAGAGACUUCCUGGGCAAAGCAAAGGUAAUUUCCUCUGUGAUUCCCAAUGAUGACUUUGGAGGAUUUGAACCUCUAAGGCUGCAGAAACCUGGGUUCUAUGAGCCCAAGAUGGACGGAGAUCAAGAUUCUAGAUACAUGCGCAUACAGACCCCUUACAUAGGUCGAGGUCCUGGACAACUGACUGUGCCAGGAGGUGCCGUGGUGUUUUUAUACGGUGAGGAAGAUAGGGACGGGAUGGCAUCUGUCAUAUAUGAUGGACAGAGAGGACUUCUGCCAGUGUCCCUGCUUGAACCUGUAGAUGUCAAGACAUCCAAAGGCAAAAAGAAGAAUAGAGUUCCCAGUGGGAUCCCCCUCCCACCUGGAUUCAAGCCACCCACCCGUCCACAAGCCCAGCCCAGCCCUGGGGCUCCUCCUAGAGUACAUUUUAACUCAGACACUCCACCUCCAUCCUACACUACUGCCACCCACGUAGCGCUGCCAGCCUCAGAGCCUCCCAACACAGUCAACACAGCCACCGACCAGGAUGCAAGCUCAGUUCAGGGAGCAGAAGCAGGCUCUGUGGUGGUGAAGGUCCACUACACAUACACUGUGGCUCUGUCUGUCCCUGUGGACACACCGUACCAUGAACUGAAGGGACAGAUUGCACAGAAACUUGGCCAGCCUGCAUCUCAGCUGCGCCUCAGAUAUAAGCAGCAUGGCUCCCAGGUGCUGAUUCCUCUGGGUGGGGAGAUGGAGCCAGGCCGCACUGUGCAAGAAGUGGCUGAGGCUGGUAGAGCCACCCUGUGGUGCCAGACAGAAGACCCCCUGGCCAACCGUUCCAUCCUCUACCAGAUGGUGGCGCUGUAUGACUAUGCUGCUCAGGGCCCAGAGGACCUGGAGUUCAGCGAAGGAAACACCAUUGACAUCCUGGGUGAAGUUAAUGAGGAGUGGUUGGAGGGACACUGUGCAGGAAAUAUUGGCAUCUUCCCAGCCUGCUUUGCCUACAGGGAGAACCCCAACAUCACAAAGGGCCUUGAGUUGUAAAAGCCAAUAAACCUGUUACCCUGUGAAUGGUGGCUGCAUACAGCCUCACAACAACCAGACAUCACCCUUACAGGGACAUACAGUCCAAUCACUGCUGACUUUAUCAUUCUUUAAAUAUUUCUGUCUCAAAUGGUAUCACUGUAAUGUUAGCAUAGUAGAGUAUGUUAAUAGUACUGUAGAGUAUAUUUAUACUAAGCUUGUUGUUCCUGUUUACUGUCCUACAGUAUUACUACACUGUCCCUGUUGGAUCCUGUAAUAUUCAAAUAUCCAGUAUUGUCCAUAUUAUGUUCUUGUAAUAUUUCUACAAGGUUAUCCUCAUCUGGCAACACUAAAAAGUGUGAUAAUUUUUCAUACAGUGCCACAGGGACUAAUAUUUUAAAGCAGUGUGAUAUAUUUUCUUAGAGUGUCCUUAAAUAAUUAGCUGAACAAAUAAAAUAUAGCAUUCCAAAUACAUUCAUGACAUGAAUACUGGGAAGCAUUACAGAUAUAAGGAAAUAAAGACCCAGAGACUACUGAACAAUUGUUAGGUUAAUCUUUCUACAACAAUUUUUCUCAAAAACCGAGGACCAGGAUGAAAAGGUCAGCAGUGAGGGAGGCUACCAAGACAUCCACAGCAGCUUUGAAGGUACAGCCUUAUGGGACUCCGGACAAACUAUGCACACUGCAACAGUAGACCUGGAACGUCACAGCUUGAUAAGAGAGGGUUAAAACCAAAGUGAUUCAAAGGUUUUUUCUCAUGCUUGUGCAGACUGUCCACAAAAAGCUGCCCGUGAAUUUGCUGUCAGAAUGCCCCGAUUUGACAGGCCAAACUCCAUCCAUCCAACCAUUAUCUAUAUCGCC